AGUCUUCUCUUUGCCUACUGUCAGUCUUCUUCGUACUUGUCAAGGAAAACAUUUGUUUCGGAUCUGUAGUCUGUGGUACGGUCAGUCAGCCAACAGUCAGCCAUGUUUAGUGUUUGAAAUGGUGGUGCCUCUAUUUCUUUCGUGACAAAAAUAUUAUAGUAGUGAAAGAUUUUUGUUAUUAUUUUAUUGUUAAACAAAGUGCUAGUGGGUUUUCAAUGUUUUUUGUGAAAAGUGAGUGAUAACCUGCCGUGACAAUGAACUGGGGUGUUGAGCUUUGGGAUCAAUAUGAUAACUUAGCCGCCCACACGCAUAAAGGAAUUGAGUUCUUAGACAAAUAUGGAAAUUUCGUCAAGGACAGGUGUGCGAUAGAAUUAGAAUAUGCAGGGAAACUCAGGAGGCUAGUCAAAAAUUACCAACCCAAAAGAAAAGAAGAGGAUGAGUACCAGUACACAGGAUGCAAAGCGUUCAGGCAGCUCCUUCAAGAGUUAGGAGACUUUGCGGGACAACGUGAAGUGGUAGCGGAAAAUUUACAGUCCAAUGUUGUUCGUGAGCUGCAUUUACUUGCCAAGGAGCUUCGGGAGGAGAGAAAGCAACAUUUAAACGAGGGCGCGAAACAAAUGGCGGUACUGAGUACGGCGGUGGGUGCUUUAGAAAGGACGCGGAGGUCUUACGAGCGCGCCGCGAGGGAAUCCGAACGGGCGCUCGAAGCCUUCCAGAAGGCUGAUGCCGAUUUCAAUCUAAGCCGGGCGGAAGUGGAGAAACAGAAGACGAACAUGAAGCUCCGGAGCCAGGCGUGCGAGGACGCGAAGCAGGAGUACAUGGACCAGCUGCGGAAGACGAACGAUGCGCAGCGGCAGCACUAUGAACAGAGGCUACCGCACGUUUUCAAACAGUUGCAGGAUUUAGAUGAAAAAAGGAUAAAGAAUAUAAAAAAUUUCAUGUUAAGUUCAGUGGAUGUCGAAAGAAAGGUCUUCCCCAUUAUAAUGCAGUGCCUUGACGGAAUGGAGCAAGCGGCUAAGAGUAUUAAUGAAAAAGAGGAUACACAGCUAGUGAUAGAGAGGUAUAAAUCUGGUUUCGUGCCGCCCGACGACUUCCGCUUCGAGCCGGCGACGGGCGCGGACGCGACCGACUCGGCCGCGACGACGCACGCGCACAACCACCUCACCGCCGCGCGCGGCACCGUCUCCGGCAACCGGAUCAAGAAGCGAGGCGGCCUGCUCUCUAUAUUCAGCUCCAAUAAGAACAACAUGUCUGUGGACGGAAAGGAGGAUUAUUCAGACCUGCCCCCGAAUCAGAAGAAAAAGAAACUUCAAGCGAAAGUGGAUGAAUUGACCAAGCAGGUUACUCAGGAACAAGCUGCGAAGGAAGGUCUUAUGAAAAUGAAAGGUGUAUACGAAACAAAUCCCAGUCUAGGAAAUCCAAUGACGGUAGAAGUUCAAUUGAACGAAUGCUGUGAUAAACUGAAAAAGUUGCUCACGCAAAAACGAAAGUACGAGGAGUUGCUCGAGGAGGCGAACAGCCAGGUGUGCGCGCCGCCGCCGCACCCCGCCGCGCGGACCAACGGCGCCGCGCCCGCGCCCGCCACCAGCAUCGGCUCGAACAGCGAGUCGCUGUCGCGCUCGGCGUCGGAGUCGUCGGUGAGCACGGGCGCGGGCGCGGGCGCGGGCGGCGGCGGGCGCGCGGCCGGCGGCUCGCCCGAGUCCGGCCUCGGCGGGGAGCUCGCCGCCGCGCACGCCGACCACGCCAACGGCGACCACGACGACCACGACGACCACGACCACGACCACGACAACGACCACGAGUCCGACUUCGACUACUACUAUGAGCCGGAUCUACAGCCGCUGGGCUAUUGCAAGGCACUUUAUGCGUUCGAAGCGAACGGCACGGGGUCGACGAUGCGCAUGGAGUGCGGCGAGCGGCUGCUGGUUUUGGAAACGGACGCGGGCGACGGCUGGACGCGUGUGCGGCGACACCACACGCGUGAGGAGGGCUUCGUGCCCACCACCUACAUCGCCACCACGCUCUACGCCGACGCGCGCCACUAGCACGGUGUACUCAGAAAAAGGUGGCGUUCUUGUGAUAACACUAAGCUUUCAGUGUGAAGAUAUAGUGUUCGCGGACUAUAGCCACUUCGGACUUUGUGCAAUUGUCUAUCAGUUAUUUGUGGCCUAUAUAUUUACAAGUAUUUUUGCUAUAAUUUAUCAUUAUUGAAAUUAGACUUAUUUUUUUAUCGUGUAUUUGAUUGUCCUGCGGCAGUGGUCAGAAUCAGAAGAAGAGGAAAUCAUAAUAACAUUCCAUGAUCUUAUUUAUUGUGUAUAUUGCCUGUUGCGUGGCGUACAUAUUUUCAUGUAUUGUCGUGCAAAAUAGUUUUAAAAUUUUAUUUUUAAUAUUAUAACACAUUUAGAUCUUCGUUGUGCCAGCUCUUUACGUGUUAAGAUUUUUUCGUACUUAUAAUAGUCAUUACUGCUUUUAUGUGAUCCCGCCAUUAAGUAUUCGAAAUUAUAGCAAAAAUAGAUUUUAUUAUACGUGUAAUAUAUGUAAACAUUGAAAAUAUCUGAAAAUAGAAAAAGUAAUAUCAAAUCGACUUAUCGUUUAGUAUUAAUGGAAUAAAGUAUCCGUAUCACAUGAUGUAUUAUAAAUUGCUUAUGUUAAAUGAAUCUUAUGUAGUUUUAAAUGCUAGCUGAAUGUGGUUAUUAGCCAAUGCUAUUUUCUGAAUAUUUGCUGUAUGCAAGAACUCUAUUGUAUUUAUAUAUAGUGAGAUGAGGGAUGAAUGAAUGCAUUUGAUUUUUUAUAUAAAAUAAAACUAUAUGAGGACUUAAAAAA